AUGUCUGAAGAUGCAACAAAACACAAUUUCAGUAAUACUAUCUUGAACAACCAACCUUUGGUUCAAGACCCAUUAGUCAUACAAACAGAGGAUGGUGGCGCUGAUAACGAUACUCCAUUAGCGGUGCCCAUCACUGGUGACACCCAUGGAAGAAAUACAAGUUCAAUAGACUCACUAAGAAUCGAUGACCAUGAAUGGGCAUCAACCGAGUGGAAUUCAAAUCAAUCGGGAUUUUUACAAAGACAGGGACAUAGAGUUGUUAACUUUUACAACAACGUUAUUUCUCCAAAUGUGGGGAUAUCGCUAUUGCUACUUUCACAGUUUUUAAACAGUAUAAUGGUCACAACAUGCAAAUUAUUAGUCACUGAUAAGGAUUUCAACAAGCCAAUACACCCAGUGCAGAUCUUGUUUGUUAGAAUGUUUAUAACCUAUAUUUGCUGCUUGGUAUACAUGUUUGUAACAAAAUCGGUCGAGGAGGCGCCUUUUGGGCCAAAGAAACUUCGUGUUUUGUUAGUCAUGAGAGGUGUUGUGGGCUUUUUUGGAGUUUUUGGAAUGUACUUUUCAUUGCAGUACCUAAGCCUAUCAGAUGCUGUUGCCAUCACAUUUCUCGUUCCAAUGGUGACUGCAUUUUUAGCGUUUGUUAUUUUGAAGGAAAAAUAUUCAAUUUUGGAAAGUGUUUGUUCACUAUUAUCUUUGGGAGGUGUUAUUUUAAUUGCUAAACCUUCAUUCAUCUUUGGUGCUGAGCUGGGAAAAGAAACCACUGAUGAAUCUGUUGAAAGUUCUUCUUCGGAAAAGAGAAUAUUGGCAACCGCAGUAGGACUAAUAGGUGUCUGUGGUGCUUCUAGUGUGUACAUUGUUUUGAGAAAGAUCGGUAUGAAUGCCCAUCCUUUAUUAUCAGUUAGUUAUUUUUCAUUAACUUGCUGUAUAGUUACUUUUAUUGGUAUACUCGUGGUGCCAUCAUUGUCAUUCGUAUUGCCACUGAAUGGUUACCAGUGGUUUUUGUUUGCAGUCAUUGGGUUUUCUGGCUUCUUUAUGCAAUUUUGUCUUACCGCUGGUGUUCAAAGAGUGAAAGCAUCUAGAGCAUCCUUGAUGGCAUAUUCAGGUAUGGUUUUUGCCAUCAUUUGGGACUUGACCAUAUGGCACCAUCUUCCAGGAGUUCUAUCAUUCUGUGGUAUUGCGCUUAUUAUUGGCAAUGCCGCUAUUAUUUUGAAGUUCAAGCCAGACAACGCAGAUACCAAAGCACCUGCUCAGAAUGAUAUCGAACGCAAUGGAAAAUACAACGAAUUGAAUCGGAACUCAAUUGCGUUGCAGGAUUUUGUUAUAACUGAUGACGAGGAUGAGGAUGAGGAUGAAUCUGGUAGUGAUACAGCCCACCAUGGAAAGAAUGAACAGGCACGUUAG